AAGACUAGUUAUCAUCGUUUGGGCACAUCAUUGCAGGUGUUUCGAUUCCGAUAAAUUUCUUUGUUUUUUACUGCCGUUUUCAAGAUGACAAAAUUAUUCGUUGUUUUGUGUGUGUUGAUGAGUAGUUUUUUGAUAAUUCAAGGAACAACUAUAAGAUUUAGAGAAAAGGGGGAAGCUGACAAUAACUGUGAUUGUAUUACAACCUACGAAUUUUUACCAGUUUGUGGGUCCAAUGGAAAAAGUUAUCCAAAUGAGGGUACCUUGAAAUGUGCUAACGAGUGCGAAGGAGGCAAUAUUCAGGUCCGUCACAAAGGACUGUGUCAAGAAUAAACUUCUACUUACGAUUUUUUUUAAUUUUAUAAACUUAAAAUAAUAUUGUUACAACUCUGGAAGAUUUUAAUACUUUUGUAAACCUUUAUUCCAGUUCAAAUCGUGACAUUUUAUAACUGUUAAUGACAUUUUAAAGACGUUAUGCACGUUUAAAAAAUGUACAAUAAUUGAAAAUGUUAAUAAAUAUUUAAGUUGUUUAGUAUUAUUGGUGUCCAUAACAAUAUCUUCAAAUGUGAACAGUGAGAAAAAUUAUAGCCCAAUAAUCAAAAAUAUAAAAAGGGCCAAUAACUGCUAUGAGAAAAUACAAUAGCUCGUUAUCAAAUUACCUAUAAAUUAUAACCGUCAACAUUUUAAUUUACCUCUUUGUUUUUAUGUACGAAGUAGUUCAAAUCUUUUACAAACAGUAUAUACAUGGUAUGUUUAUUGUUGUCACAAAAACCCGCUGCCAAUCCAAUGGCAAAGUGCUUCCUCCUGAUUUUUAAGUAUUAAAGCUAAUAAAACAAUUGCCAAACUGAAA